GCACAGCACUGAAGGAAGAGACUUCAGUGUCCCCAAGCUUUGCUGCAAGCAUGGCGGAGCUAUUUGGUACAGUGUUUCGAGUAAGCUUGCUCCUUCUUGCGACAGGAUAUAUAUCCGCCAAACGAUUUUCCAUCAUGGCUCCUAAUGUAUUUCACAUUGGAGUCGACGAAAAAGUGUCGAUUUCCCUUUUCGAUAAUGCUCAACCCGUGACAGUGAAGUUGUAUCUACAGGACUUCCCACACAGACGAAAAACAUUCUCCCAAGUACAAGGAGUUGUAGACAAAGGAAGCAAUAUUUUUCUGACCGUGAAGGUGGAGCCAGAGAACUUACCAGAUACGAACUCUGUGGAUAAGCAGUACGUUUAUCUUGUGGCCAAGUCAGAUGACGGUCAUUUCCAGUUUCAAAAAGAAGCGAAGAUUCUUUUGAGCUACAGAGACGGAAUGGUGUUCAUACAGACAGACAAACCAGUCUACACUCCCAGGCAGAGCGUGAAAUUCCGAGUAAUUCCCGUUGAGUUUGACAUGAAGCCAUCACGAAGAAAGAUUACUGUGAUAGUUAUGAAUCCUCAGGGGAUCCGAGUGCAACAAUGGAAAGACCAGGACACUAGCACAGGAAUCAUAUCGAAGAGGCUUGACUUGGGCGAUUUUAUUCUCCAUGGCAACUGGACUAUUACGGCCGUUUACGGUCACCAGAAUAUCCACAAUACAUCUGUCCAGUUCGAGGUGAAGGAAUAUGUUCUUCCCAAGUUCUCGGUAAAGCUCUCGGUGCCCCCCUACAUACUGAGAACAGAUAAUGAAAUCAAGAUCGACGUAACGACCAGGUACACAUAUGGAAAACCUGUUAUUGGCGACGUAGCUGUCUCUAUGAGUAUUGCGGCAGUUGACGGCCGGAUCAUUCUUUUCUCAAGACAUCGCCCUAUGCUUAACUCAAGUGGAGUCACCACCAUACCAGUGAAAGUUCAGGUCAUCCGGGACCUUCCAGGAGACUUAUGGUUUCCAGAAAAGAGCAGACUUCAGGUCAGGGCGGAAGUUAUAGAACGGGCGACUGGCAACUCCGCAACUGUUGUGGAUACAUCGUGCCAGUUUACAUCAAGUCCGUAUCUCAUACAGUUCAAAGACACACCAAAGUACUUUAAACCAGGCCUGCGUUUUGUAGUGAAGGUCAAGGUCACCCACCCCAACAAAAAACCAGCGAGGAAUGUUCCGAUUGUGAUUUCUGCCCAAGGCAAAGUAGGAGGUAAUUUUAUAGAUGUGAGAAGAGAGGACAGAGAUCCCAAUGUGUUGGACCUGACAGAUAAAAACGGAGAAGCUGAGUUUGUUGUAGAUGCUUGUACAAAGUGUGACCCCAUCAAAAUAACGGUAAAAACUGACAAUAAAAAACUGGAAGAAUCACAAAAUGCUGAAGCCGUUUACCUGGUGAGGAAAUUCGAUUCGGGAAAUGCCCCAUUGAUUAUGGUUCGCCAACUUUCACCAGGAAAGGUUGGUCGCAAAAUUCAGUGUGAAAGUUAUCGAAGCCUCAAUGAUGUGUCGGCCAAACUUUCAUUUGCGGUCGUUUCGCGUGGACGUAUUCUCUCUCAUGAUACGACUGAUGACUUUGAUGGUAUGUUUAAAAGCUGGUCAAUCCGUGUAACUCCAGAAAUGUCUCCAUCGGCGCGUUUGAUUGCCUAUUACAUUGACACGAAUGAACGAGUUGUUGCUGACAGCGUUUUGCUCAAAAUUGAGGACAAGCUUCCAACUGAGGUUGAGUUUCCUGAUGCAAUCUCACAACAAGCGGACGGAACGUUAGUUCAGCUUAACGAACAAGAAAAAAUCCCUGGAGAACACUACGUCUUUCAGAUUAAGGCUCCUCAAGGAACGCGUCUGGGACUGCUUAGUGUGGACCAAAGUGUUUACCUGUUGAGAAAUAAGAACAGACUAACCAAAGAGCGGAUUUUUAAAAGUGCUGAGGAACUCGACCUUGGUUGCGGUGUAGGUGGAGGAAAAGACAACAAAGAUAUCUUUAAGAACGCUGGUGUUAUUCUGAUGACUAACAACUUUGUCAGUGAUGGAAGAGAAGACUAUGGCUGUGAUGAAAAUAGCGCUCGUAAGAAGAGAAGUACAGAAGAUGAUUCAGUUUACAAGACAUGCUGUGAAAUGGGUGAAGAGAAUACCACCAGGUCCUGCGUUGACCGUGUUUACAACAUGGAGUUGAAAGAAUGCAAACUGGCCAUCUGGAAAUGCUGCAAGAGAAAAUUUGGCGCUAAAGACGCAGCCCUGCUGGGAAGAAGUGUGGAUUUCGGAGAUUUUGGCCCGAGUGAUGAAGAAAUUCUUGAUCAAACUCAGGUUAGAUCGUUUUUCCCGGAAACAUGGAUCUACGACGAAAAAGUUGUGGGACCGGGCGGGCUUGUCCAGAUGGACGUUACAAUACCCGACACCAUAACCACAUGGGUCAUGCAGGCCGUGGCCAUCAACAACAAAACAGGACUGGGUCUAGCCACACCGCUCAGGAUUGUGGGAAAGCGCGACUACUUCAUUUCGCUGAAGAUUCCAUAUUCAGUCAAAAGGGGGGAACAGUUUUCUCUGCUGGUGACAGUCUUCAACUAUCACGAUGAGGAAAUGCGGGUGAAACUCUACCUGAAGGGCGACAAGGACUUUUGCUCUAUUGCUGUCGACCGCAAGCUUGGUCUUAUUGGGCUGAUCAAAGUGCCAGGCAACGAUGCCCGCUCUGUAGCUGUACCCAUCGUUCCCAAGAGAAUUGGGGAAGUAGAAGUUGAAGUCUCGUCUAUUCUUCAAGUAAAACUUGAUAAUGUAUAUAUGAAUAUUGCUGGAGAUGCUGUGAAAAGGAAAAUAUUUGUUGUGCCUGAAGGAAAGGAGCAUCGAAAGUCGCAAUCUUUCAUAUUGGAUCCAAAUGGUAAUCUUAAUGAUGGACCAAAAGAUGGAGAAGACCAGGCAAAAAAGCCAACAGCGGCACCUUUUGAGAGUCAAUCACAAUUGGGUCCCAACGGACAGUUGGACAGUAUAAAACUGGGAUUUCCUCAGAAAGCUAUUCCAGGCUCAGUCGGAGCUGUUAUUUAUUUAACAGGAAAUCUUCUGGGUCCAGUUGUCAACACUACUAUCGAGGGUGGUCUGGAGAAGUUUUUUCGCCAGCCUACUGGUUGUGGAGAGCAGACGAUGAUCCGUCUCGCUCCAAACGUUUACGUUUUAGAAUAUCUGAUGAACACCAACCAACUCAGUGGAGCUAACGAGGAGAGUGCUUAUCGCUUCAUUCAGUCAGGCUACCAGAGAGAAUUAAACUAUCGUCGUGGUGACAAGUCGUUUAGCGCGUUUAACAGUCGACCAGGAAGUACAUGGUUGACGGCUUUUGUGAUGAGGGUAUUCUGCCAGGCCCAGCAAUUUGCUGGCGUUAAUAUCGACGAGGAUCUGGUUUGUGAUUCGGUAGACUGGUUGAUUGCAAACCAACGUGCAGAUGGCGCCUUGCCCGAGGUUAACGCUGUCAUUCAUAGAGAGAUGGUGGGAGGUGUUUAUGUGGAAGGAGACGUUGCUAUGACAGCUUUUGUGUUAGCUGCACUGGCGGAGUGCAAGUGUGGAGGAGCGAAUUCAAAAGCCUCGAUACUUCGCGCCCAAGACUACUUGGAGAAGCAGUACAAAACUCUGAACAAGCCUUACAGCAUGGCUCUAACAGCGUACGCUCUGGCCCUGGUAGACAGCAAAGAAAAAUUCAAUGCAAACGACCGGCUUGUACAACGUGCUAUAUACGACAACGAUAAAAAGUCACGGCACUGGAACGCUGGAGGGAAUGCACUUAAUGUGGAAACCGCUGGCUACGUACUGCUCACUCAAGUCAUUCUCGGCCGCACUGGUUAUGCUGGUCCUAUUGUGACAUAUCUGACCAAUCAAAGACAGGGUGGUGUUGGAUUUGUUUCCACUCAGGAUACCGUAGUUGCUCUACAAGCACUAGCCUUGUACAGCGAGAAAACAGCCGGAAACGCAUUGGAUCUCAGAGUCAAACUAACUUCCGAAGUUGAAGUGGACUGGAAACCACCGGAGAUACACUUCACGCCAGAAAACGCGUUGUUAAGGAGAGAAUUUAACGUUAAGAAUUUCCUUGGUGGAAACCUGUUUGUGGAAAGUCGUGGAACCGGGGUUGGUCUGUUAGAGGUGGAAGUUCGCUACAACCUUCCUUCGUCACGCGAUGAAAUCUGCAAGUUUGACCUGACGACGAAAGUUGUAGAAAUCAAAGAAAAGGAAGCCGAGAAUCUGUUUGGUCCUGUGGAAGAUCAAGCAGACGAGGAUGAAGACAAGGAUAAAGAAAACGAAGAGAAUAAGGGUGGCAUAAAAGAAUGCAAAAAGCUGAAGAACAAAAAAAAGAGAAAAGAAUGUAGGAAGAAGGCAAGAGAAGCAGCUAAAGACAAAGACAAAGACAAAGACAAAGGCAAAGACAAAAAGAAAAACAAGAAGCCGCCACCGAAACACCAGCCUGUCAAAAGCAUCCACUUGAAAGUCUGCACAAGGUAUAAGGAAAAAGGAAACACUGGAAUGUCCAUUAUGGACAUUGGGAUUUUAACUGGAUUUGCACCAGACAAGAAGUCCCUGCAAAAGUUGGAAGAUACUUUAGACGAAUUGGACAAAUACGAAGUAUCCGACAGAUCGCUGGUUGUGUAUCUUAGCGAGAUCCCCAGUGACCGUGAUCUCUGUGUAGAUGUCCAGUUUGACCGAGAAUAUUACGUGGGCGUGGUACAGGCGGUGCCGGUCAAUGUAUACGACUACUACGAACCAGAUCAGUCCUGUAGUAAAUUUUAUGGACCCGACAAGUUCAGCCCAUUGAAGUUGGGAGUUUGCGAUAUUGGAAGCAAAUCGUGCAGAUGUUCUCAAGAUCAGUGUGCGCAACAAGACCCUCCUAUUGGUAAUUUGGACAAGCUUAUUGACUUAGCUUGUGAUGAUUACGAAUACGUUAUAAAAGGUAAAGUCUUGCUGAUCGACGAGGACAACGCCGUGCUCAACUACGUGGUUGAGGUGCAGGAAAUCAUCAAGCAGGGCAACAAAAACUUAGCGAAUAAACAAAGAAUCCAGUUCACAAAGCGAGGAUCCUGUCAAAGUCCAGAUCUCAAAGAACUUGAAGAGUACUUGUUCAUGGGGCUGGAUAAGACAGGCAAAUACGAGCUGGACCAGAAUUCGUUUGUUAAACUGUGGCCAACGAAGCAGCGCGACAACAAAGAUAAAUCCAUAUUGGAUCAAUUUGCGGACCAGUUUGCGUGUUGAAGAGCUGUUACGUCAAAGGACAAUGCUAACUUUUUCGAUUUCUUUAUAUUAAUGAUUUACUGAGCUCAAAAGACUGCUUAAAAUUGCUGUUAAUGGUAGCUGCUGUGAGAGGCGUGAACAUUAGAGCAGGAGAUUUUCAAUAUUUUGUAUUAACCAGUACCGCAAACGCCUGAAAGUGCAUUUAGCUUUAAAGGAAUACAUUCCAGCAGACUAGAUUAUGAUUGCCCAAGAUAAAAAGUUAGCGAUGCUGCUUGAAAAUACUUAGAAAUCCUUCAAAAGGUUCAAUUACUCCCGGCUUCAGUUUAGAAAAGCUUUGUACCAUGAUCGAUAAAUAGUGUGUUAAUAACGUCAUGUUUUGUUGCGGAGGAAUGCAUACUAAGCACGUAGAAGUAGGUUAUUUGCUAAAUGAAAUAAACACAUCAAAUGUCAACGA